GCUGCUCCUCAAACCCGGAAAUUGACGGGAAAGUGUUGAAAUAUCCGCGCCAAAUUGAAACAUUAAAGCAUCAGUCUGAGCAGCGGGAGGCACGAGCUGAGGCAGCGUCACCAGGCUCCACGUCAGACCAUCACGUUCCCUCACACAUUCCCGUAUUUUAGCGAACAUGGAGGAGGCCAACAAGCUCAUCGGCGCCGGCAAGAAGCACCUGGUGAUGGGGAAGGUGGUGGAGGCGGUGGGCGCCCUGCAGGAGGCCUGUGGCAUACUCGCUAAAGAAUAUGGAGACACCGCAGAUGAGUGUGGAGAGGCUUUCUUCUGGUGCGGCAAAGCGCUGCUGGAUUUGGCACGGAUGGAGAACUCAGUCCUGGGUAAUGCUCUGGAAGGAGUCCCUGAGGAGGAGGAGGAUGAGACGGAUGAAGACAAACCCAAAGACUCCAACUUUGAGAGCACAGAAAAUGUUGAUGAGAAGACCAGAGAUAAGCUGAGGGUUCAGGUGUAUGACGCCAUGGCAGAGAAGAAAACUGAAGAAACAGAAAAGGUUGAAGAGAAGCAAAGCGAAGAUGCAGAGAAGAUGGAGACUACUGACGAACAGGAAACAGAAAAGGGAGAGGAGGUUCAAAACAGCGAGGUUGACGGAAGCAAAUCUGCACCAACUGAAGACAAGGAGGCUGAGAAAGAACCAGCUGAUGAGGACAAAGCAGCCGAGAAGGAAGACCUGUCCGACCAGAAGGGAGACCCGUCCGACCAGAACGGAGACCCGUCCGACCAGAACGGAGACCCGUCCGACCAGAACGGAGACCCGUCCGACCAGAAGGGAGACCCGUCCGACCAAAAGGGAGACCCGUCCGACCAAAAGGGAGAACCGUCCGACCAGAAGGGAGAACCGUCCGACCAGAAGGGAGAACCGUCCGACCAAAAGGGAGAACCGUCCGACCAGAAGGAAGAACCGGGAGAUAAAAAGGAAGAAUCGGAAGACAAGUCAGAAGCAGAAGAUGAGGAGGACGGUGAGGAAGAAGGUGAAGAUGUAGAAAUGGAGGACGAGGCUGAAGGUGAAGGAGCUGCCACUGCUGAGAAGGACAGUGAGGAUGAGGUGGGAAACCUGCAGCUGGCCUGGGAGAUGCUGGAAGUAGCUAAAGUCAUCUACAAAAGGAAAGGGACAAAGGAGGAUCAGCUGAUGGCAGCUCAGACUCACCUGAAACUGGGAGAAGUUUCUGCUGAAUCAGGAAAUUACACACAAGCACUGGAGGAUUUCCAGGAGUGUCUGCAGCUGCAGGUAAAUCACUUGGACCCGGACAGCCGCCUGCUGGCUGAGACUCACUACCAGCUCGGUCUGACCUACAGCCUGAACCUCCAGUACAGUCAUGCCAUCGAGUCACUCAGCAGCUCCAUUGCCGUCAUAAAGAGCAGGCUGGAGAAACUGCAGGAGAUGCUGGACAAAGCCGAGGGUCCAGAUGAUCUUCCAGAAGAGAGGAAGGAAAUGGAGGAGCUGAAGGCUCUGCUGCCAGAGAUCCAGGAGAAGGUGGAGGACGCCAAAGAAGGUCUGAAAUCGGCGAGCACCACUGCUGAGACUGUGAAGGACGUGAUGGAUAGAGGCUCCACUUCCUCUGUGUUCCCUGGUUCCACUGCACAGAUCAAGUCCUCAUCUACUUUAGCAACUAAAGGCAUGCCAGAAAAUGGAGUUAUUUCCACCAAAGGACAAACCUCCACUGCUCCAGCCUCAGACAUCUCCCACCUGGUCAGAAAGAAAAGGAAACCGGAGAGUCCAGUGAAGGAGGACGCGAAGAAAGCGAAGCAGGACGACACUCAAACGGAUGAAGUGAAGGAAACGGACGACACUCAAACGGAUGAAGUGAAGGAAACGGACGCCAACGGGGACGCCAACGGGGACGCCAACAAAAUGGACACUGAUGGUAAGUGAAGCCAGACUGCUGCCUCAGUUCAAGGAAGGAUUCACCAACGUGCCAAACUCUGUCUUAAUAAGCUCCUGUUUGCUGUUGUAAAUAUGUGUAUCUUUUUCUAUACCUGUUUUUGUCACUGUUUGUACACAUAUGUAACCUAUAAACUUGAAUAAAAAUACUAUGGAUGAA